AUGGGCUUAUUAGACACUGCACUGUCACUGCUGCUUUCUCGACCUUUUCCAACCACUCCCAACCCUUCCUUCUCCCUCUCUACCCUUCAGGGAGGAGAUAUUCUCAAUAUCGGGUUUGGCAUGGGUAUAAUAGACACCGCCAUUGCAGCACGCAUCGGCCAAUCGGAAGGCGGGAUUCGAUCGCACACUAUAGUGGAAGCGCAUCCGGACGUUAUAGCGAGGAUGAAGGGGGAGGGGUGGCAUGAGAAGGAGGGAGUGAGGGUGGUGGAGGGAAGAUGGCAGGACGUGUUACCACAACUGGGCCAAUACGAUGGCAUAUUCUUUGACACGUAUGGAGAAUACUAUGACGAUCUUCGUGAAUUCCACUCCCACCUGCCGCGCCUCCUCAAGCCCAGCGGCCUCUACUCCUUAUUCAACGGCAUGUGUGGCGACAAUGCCUUCUUCCACACCGUCUGGUCUACUGCCACAUGCAUAUUCUUUGACACUUACGGGGAAUAUUACGAUGAUCUCCGCGAGUUCCACUCGCACCUCCCGCGCCUCCUCAAGCCCAGCGGCCUCUACUCAUUCUUCAACGGCAUGUGCGGCAACAACGCCUCUUUUCUUGCCCCUCUUUCUCCUUGUCCCUUCCGUUUCUUGUCCCUCCUUUUCCCUGCCCCUUUUCUCCAUUCAGGAAUUUUCUUUGACACAUACGGAGAAUAUUACGACGACCUCCAGGAGUUCCAUUCGCACCUCCCUUCCCUCCUCAAGCCCAGCGGGCUCUACUCCUUCUUCAACGGCAUGUGUGGCAACAACGCCUUCUUCUUGCCCCUCCCAUUCCAUGCCCCUCCCUUCUCUUUCCCUACCUACAGGCAUGUGGCGACAAUGCCUUCUUCCACACCGUCUGGUCUACUGCCACAUGUGCUGAGUGGCCUUGCUUUCCUCCCCCUCUCGGUGUCCCCUACCCUCCGUGCAGGCAUAUUCUUUGACACGUAUGGAGAAUACUAUGACAAUCUUCGCGAAUUCCACUCCCACCUCCCUUCCCUCCUCAAGCCCAGCGGGCUCUACUCGUUCCUCAACGGCAUGUGCAUCUUCUUUGACACAUAUGGAGAAUACUACGAUGAUCUCCGAGAGUUCCAUUCCCACCUUCCACAGCUACUGAAACCCAGCGGGCUCUAUUCCUUCUUCAACGGCAUGUGUGGCGACAACGCCUUCUUCCACACCGUCUACUGCCACAUAGUAGCGUUGGAGCUGCAGCAGCUCGUGGAGCUGACCACUCAGUUCAUUCCCCUGCCGGUCAGCCGGUGCUUGGAUGGGGCCACGUGGGCGGGGGUGCGGCAUAAGUACUGGCAGCUAGACGCCUAUCACCUGCCCGUUUGCUACCGUGAUGAGACAGAGGAGGGGGGGGAGGAGGAGAAGGAACAACAGGAGGGAGAGGAGGGGGAGGAGGCAUAG